AUGAAAUUGAACGGCUAGAGAGGAGGUGAGCAAGUUUGUUUUGUUGGGUGUUUGGGGAACUUGAGGGUAGUCUCGUGGGGAGCUUUAAAUUUCAAUGGAAGAGGCCAAGCCUAAAAUGCGCCGCUGGUCGAGUGGGAGCGCGGUCUGGAAGGGCCGAGUCUUGAGAAAGGUGCUCUGGCUCGAGAGACAGUCGAUUUCCGGGGAGGAAUCGGACGGCAAUAGUGACGGCGGUCAACUAAUGCUGCGAGUAUUAUACUACGGGACCAGACUGGCUUGUCUUUUGUUUCCACUUUAUUCUCUUCACCCUCGGCCCAAGAUGCCGGGACAAUUGAUAAAUAUCGAUACUCCUAAAAUCAUGUCCUUUCCUACUUACACGCUUUCAAGCUCUUCUACAACAUCACCCACCUGUGCCUCUUCUCUCUCCACUUUCUCCAUCUUUUCCCCCUCCGACCUCAACACAAAUUCAGUCAAGCUCGAUCGGAUGACUCAGCACCCGUCGAACGGAUCAUGUCGAUGCCAAGGAACUUGCGUCAUGUCCGAGAUCAGAGGUACUUGCGGCUUUGUCGUGUUUUCCUCCACCUGCUCCCAUAUUCAAGUAUAAUGACAGAUUUUUGAUAUCGAAAAGCUAUAACAGUAUAGUCGCCCGUAUAAAUUGUUUGCAGUGAAGCUGUCAUUCCUUUUGACAUUGUGUUUGCUGCAUCGCGGAGGAUCUUCAAGAGACGGGGAAGUGACGGAACGGAGCAAGAGUACCGAUACCCACCGAC